AAAAUUCAAUUUCUGAUUUAUCCAUGAACUGCUUAUUAUUUGGAACUUCCCAGCUACCUAUUCUUCACUCUUUAUUGGACACAAAGACCGACUGUCUCAUGUUCCUGCCACGUGCCGACACGAAGCUCAUCGUCAUCACCAAAUCUAUAAAUUCUUUUUAUUUUUCGAACCCCCGAAGGUUCAUUUUUAUUCGUAAUAUAAUAUGCUCAGAAGACUGCUCUUUUCGGCCACCUCCUCAUCAAGCCACCUCCGUUCUAGCCGCAACCCCUCUUACAAAUCGGCGAAAAAUUUCAAGAAUUCAAGGCUAUUUUCAUCCUCCUGGCCUUUAUCGCUGGUUUUUUAUCGGCCCUUUACGCCGUCCAGAGUCUACGCUAUGGCUGACGACGGGUCCUCCGGCACGGCGUCGUCUGGGAGGCCCACGCACUCCAACCGUCUUGCGGCGGAGCAUAGCCCUUACCUUCUUCAACACGCCCACAAUCCCGUGGAUUGGUAUCCAUGGGGGGAGGAGGCUUUUUCCGAAGCACGCAAAAGGGAUGUGCCUAUCUUCCUGUCAAUUGGGUACAGCACGUGUCACUGGUGUCAUGUGAUGGAAGUGGAAUCUUUUGAGGAUGAAGAGGUUGCAAAGUUACUCAAUGAUUGGUUUGUUAGUAUCAAGGUGGACAGAGAAGAAAGGCCAGAUGUAGAUAAGGUAUACAUGACCUAUGUACAAGCGUUAUACGGUGGUGGUGGUUGGCCAUUAAGUGUCUUCCUUUCUCCCGAUCUGAAGCCUUUGAUGGGUGGCACUUAUUUUCCUCCAGAUGAUAAAUUUGGCAGGCCAGGCUUCAAAACAGUUCUUAGGAGGGUUAAAGAAGCAUGGGACACGAAGAAGGAUGCUUUGGUCCAAAGUGGGACAUUUGCAAUCGAACAGCUUUCAGAAGCCUUAUCAGCUACAGCAAGAUCCAAUAAGGUUCCUCAAGGACUUCCCCAGAAGGCAUUGCAAAAAUGUGCUGAACAGCUUGCCGACAGUUACGACUCGAAAUACGGCGGAUUUGGGUCUGCUCCGAAAUUCCCGAGACCAGUCGAAAUCCAGCUCAUGCUUUACCAUUCAAAGAAACUAAACGAGAAUAGCAUGACGAGCGAGGCAAAAGAAGACCUAAAUAUGGUUAUCCUAACCUUACAGUCCAUGGCAAGGGGUGGAAUACAUGAUCAUGUCGGAGGUGGUUUUCACAGAUAUAGCGUCGAUGAAUGUUGGCACGUGCCACACUUUGAGAAGAUGCUAUACGACCAAGGGCAACUAGCUAAUAUUUAUCUCGAUGUAUUUGCCAUCACAAAAGACGUGUUAUAUUCGAGCAUGGCUCGGGACAUUCUCGAUUAUUUGAGGAGAGAGAUGAUCGGCCCUAGCGGUGAGAUAUUUUCGGCCGAGGAUGCUGAUAGUGCAGAGUUCGAAGGUGCCUCGAGGAAAAAAGAGGGUGCCUUUUAUAUUUGGACUAGCAAAGAGGUUGAUGACAUACUUGGAGAGAAUGCAAUGCUGUUUAAGGAGCAUUAUUACGUAAAACCAUCGGGCAAUUGUGAUUUGUCAAGAAUGAGUGAUCCCCACAACGAGUUCAAGGGUAAGAAUGUGCUGAUCGAGCGAAUAAGUACUUCUGCAAUGGCCUCGAAAUUAGGUAUGUUGGUUGAGGAGUAUCUGAAGAUAUUGGGGAUUUGUAAACAGAAGCUUUUUGAUGUGAGAUCACAACGCCCGAGGCCGCAUUUGGAUGAUAAGGUUAUUGUAUCUUGGAAUGGACUUGCAAUUUCUUCAUUUGCAAGGGCAUCUCAAAUUCUGAAGGGUGAACCGGAAGGCACUCAAUUCUAUUUUCCAGUUGUUGGAACUCAUCCAAAAGAGUACAUGGAAGUUGCAGAGAAAGCAGCUACUUUUAUCCGAAAAAAUCUUUACGACGAGCAGACACGAAAACUGAAGCACAGCUUCAGAAACGGGCCUUCGAAAGCACCCGGCUUUCUUGACGAUUAUGCCUUUCUGAUAUCGGCUGUUUUAGACCUUUAUGAAUUCGGCAGUUCUAUAUCUUGGCUAUCUUGGGCUAUUGAACUACAGCAUAUACAGGACGAGCUGUUUCUCGAUAAAGAAGGGGGAGGAUAUUUCAAUACCCCUGGUGAGGAUCCUUCUAUUCUCCUCCGCGUGAAAGAAGACCAUGAUGGCGCGGAACCUUCCGGAAACUCUGUCUCGUUGAACAAUCUAGUGCGGUUGGCUUCCUUGGUUAGCACCAGUUCAGAUCAUUACAGAAGCAAUGCUGAACGUCUUUUGUCGGUGUUUGAGAAGAGGCUGAAUGAAACUGCCAUGGCUGUGCCCCUAAUGUGCUGUGGCGCGGACAUGUUAAAUGUCCCUUCUCGAAAGCAAGUUGUUCUAAUCGGGGACAAGUCAUCUUCACUUUUCGAAAGCAUGUUAGCCGCUGCUCAUAAAUCGUAUGAUCCUAACAAAACGGUUAUCCAUGUGGACCCUAACAACGCAGAAGAAAUGCGCUUUUGGGAGACGAACAAUGACAAGAUUGCCCUCAUGGCGAAAAGCAAUUAUGCACCGGAUAAAGUUGUGGCAUUAGUUUGCCGGGACUUCACGUGCAGUCCACCGGUGCACGACCCGGAUUCUCUUCAGUCUUUACUCUCAAAUCGCUAUUCCGUUCAGUUCUCUCUCGGCCAACACCUCGCAAAUUUCAGCAGCCUUCAAAACGCCGAAUCCACCAAAUAUCCGCCGGAAAAAGGCCUCGUCGUCUCCUUCCUGAUCAACUCGUGUGGCCUGUCGCCGAAGGACGCCGUUGCUGCCUCCAAGAGAGUGCAUUUCGACUCGCCCGACAAGCCCAACGACUUCCUGGGUGGUCUCCGAAAACAAGGUUUCACAGAGCCCCAGAUCUCUCGCAUCGUGAGGGACCAACCCAGGUUACUCACGUGGAACCCAGAAAAGUUCAUUCUGCCAAAGAUCCAAUUUUUCCGGCGGUCAUUAGUCGGUGUCUCUGAGAAGGACGUGCUCGACACCGUCUCACGAUUCCCUUGCUUCUUGGCCUCAAGCUUGGAGCACAAGCUCGAGCCCAACCUCGAUUACCUCAAGAAUCUUGUUGGGCCCGAAACGACCGAAACCCUCUUCCUGAAGGGAUCCCGCGCUCUGUUCAGGUUCGACCUCACGAGCAAAGUCAUCCCAAACAUGAACCAUCUGCAGGAGAUUGGAGUGCCCCCGGCCUGCCUCAAGCUUUCGUUAUUUCAGUGCAUUGGGAUAUUUUCCCUUGAACCCAAUGAAUUCAAGGAGCUGGCUCAGAACGUGAGGGAAAUGGGUUUCGACCCAUCGAAAUCGAUGUUUGUUCUUGCACUGUACGUUCUCUCGGGGAAGCCUCGUUUGGCUCUGUGGAACAAAUGUUAUCAAGUUUAUCAGAAAUGGGGUUGGUCGAGGGAUGACAUUUUGUCUGCAUUCUUGAAGCAUUCAAACUGCAUGCUUUGUUCGGAGAAGAAGAUCACUGCUGUCUUGGAAUUUGUGGUUCGGGAGCUUGGUCGGGAGGCCAGGGUAGUUGCUAGGUGCCCGAGCAUCAUCUUUUACAGUAUGGAGAAGAGGAUAGUCCCUAGGUGUACUCUCGUUCGUGACUUAGCUUCCAAGGGAUUGGUAAAAAAAAAUUGGGCCUUGAGUGCUUUGCCUUACGGAGAAAGAUUUCAUGAGGAAGUACGUGUGGAGAACAGUUUUGCCAUUAAAGCUCACCUCACGCUUGAUAGGUUUUGUUCUUGUUCUUUGGUGUCGUGUUGCCUCAACAAUGCGGAUAAUCUCAGAGCUAGAUUCCGCUUUGCCGAAGGUGACAUGCAUGCUCGGGAAUUGAAUCAUCUUUUGAGAAACUCAUCUGCAGUCAAUUGA